AUAAACCCUAGUGACUUCAAUUGUUCGAGACACAUCCACGUGUCAAGCAUUAGCGCGUGCUAUGGAUUUUCCCAAUUUUCCUUUUUAUUAAGCAGAGGAGAGGCUUCUCGGUUGUUGGUGUUCAUGGGAGUCUCAUAAAAAUUAAGUGAGCCAAUGGAAAUUGAGAUUUAGAACAAGACAAAGGAUGAAAGAAGGUAGGAGGGAGAGUGAAGUUGCUGAAAUCCUGCUUAAGCUGCCAACUCUUAUAUGGGAAUUCCACUCACUCGCUUGGGGUUGCAAAAAGAAGAGAUCUGCUAUUGCCCUUCAUGCUUCUUCAAGUCCUGCAAUUCCUUUCUCCUUCUCCUUCUCCCCCUCUCACUCUCAUCAUCCCACCACACUCUUUUCUCUCAAAAGGAAGAGAGAACAAUAUCUCAACAUUAUACAACAACUCACCAAGGACAACCAUGUGCUCUAUGGGGAGAUAAAUAAUGUCGAGUGUUACUUCCAGAAGCUGAAGGACUGCAAUUUCAAGUUGAAAGCAAGAAAACAAGAGCUAAGUCGUGGCCUGAGUCAAGGUGUACCCGAGCAGCAACCGCAAUUGCAAUUACAAUUCCCCCAUCAUCCACCACCGUUGAUCGCGAAUCAGACGGCUGGGCCAGCCCAAAUCAGUGGCGGCGAGAGCGUUGCUCAGCAGCAAGCGUGUGGACGCGCAACGACCUCGUUGGGGGUGGCGUCCUUUAGUAACAAUGUGGGCCCAAAUGGAAUUCCGGAUCUGAACCUGCCUCUUGAUGAGUCCAUGGCAAUGGACUUUGGUGAAGCUUUGGAUGUGAAUUUGAGUGUGGCUAACAAAAAUCUGAGUCGGGCCGUGGCAGCUCAGGCCCGUCAGAAUAGGCUUAACAUUUACAGGUUCAAGAAACCAAUCGGAACUAGUAAACUCCGUUACUCUUGUAGAUCAUAAUAGAUUAUAUGCAUAUACUCUCUUUCUUUCAAGCUCUUACCUUCAACUCUCCCUUAUCACUAACUGCUAAUAUUUUUUUAUUAUUCUUAUUCACAAGGAAUUUAAUGGGUGUUACAGUUUCAUAGUAAUGUAUAUUGCUGUCUGCCAGAUUUUGUUGGA